GGAUCCCCUGCACUUUCUGAUGCCUGUUCCAGCUUCAUCUGCCGCUGCCAUCCCUACACGCGCGCGCCCCCCCUGCUGCACGCACGCAGGCACGCUGCACACACACCAGCAUCUCUCUCUCCUCUCUCCUCUUCUCGCUCUCGGGCCUGAUGAGGAGGGUGUGUGCCAGUGAGUAAUAAAUGGCAGUGAGCAGCGUGCGUGGCUGAGGCUGCUGAGCGAGCUCUAGCUAGUGCUGUGCAGCCGCUGGCUGUGUACUGUGCUGUGCAGCGGUUUGCUCCUCCGGUCUUCCUCACUGCUUCGCCUUGCUCGUUUUUCACACCGGUGUUGGUGAUCAAUCGCCCGGUGGGGGAGUGACCGGGCUUCUUUGAUUUCUGAUCAGGCCGGAUUUCUUCGUCACGAGGGGGAGGAGGAGGAGGGGGGGUGCUCCGUUUCUUGCUCCAGUCCGUUGGAGAGAUCCAAUCAGGAUUGAGCCGGCCUUUUUGUGCUUGCUUGCCGAGAUAUUUUCCCCCACAAAGUUUGUUGCUUGGAACCGAUUUGAGCCAAGAAAGCGCCGAAAGGCGCCGCAAAUCCGUUACCAUCCCAGAAAAUCCCAAAACACCUCGUCCUAUUUGAUCGCUGGCGACGCAGCUCGAUCCAUCUGAGCCGAGGAAGCAGCAGCCGCCGCCGUGAGGAGGGGGGAGGGGGGGAGGAGAAGAGAGAGGAGAGGGCGUCCUCUUCCGAGCAGCCGCAUUGCCGCCUGUCGAUGAGUGAGCGCUGCCACCGAUGCUGUCGGGGUGCUCGGUGUCCAGUCUCGCGGCGCGGUUCGCCUUCUUCCCGCCGGAGCCGGCGACGUACGCCGUCCGGAAGGACGAGGCCACCGGCCGCCUCGUCGCCUCCGGCGUGCCGCGGGACAACGCCCUCGACGUGCUGCUCGUCGACACCAGGAGGGGGAGCAAGGUCGUGGCCUUCUACUUCAGGAACCCCUGCGCACGCCUCACCCUGCUCUACUCGCACGGCAACGCCGCGGACCUCGGCCAGCUCUACGACCUCUUUGUGCAGCUCAAGGUCAAUCUCAAGGUCAAUCUGAUGGGAUAUGAUUACUCUGGCUAUGGUGCAUCUACUGGAAAGCCGAGUGAAGAAAAUACAUAUGCAGACAUCGAAGCAGUUUACCAGUGCUUAGAAACUGAGUAUGGAAUCAGCCAAGAAGAUAUUAUCCUGUAUGGACAAUCUGUGGGCAGUGGGCCAACAUUACAUUUGGCCUCCCGUUUGCCUAGAUUGCGCGGGGUGGUUCUCCACAGUGCUAUACUGUCAGGCCUUCGUGUUGUUUGCCAUGUGAACUUUACUUUCUGCUUUGACAUUUACAAAAACGUCAAGAAAAUAAAAAAGGUCAAAUGCCCUGUUCUCGUUAUUCAUGGGACGGAUGAUGAUGUUGUGAACUGGUCACAUGGUAAGGAGCUAUGGAAACUGGCAAGGGAGCCUUACGACCCACUCUGGAUUAAGGGGGGAGGUCACUGCAACCUAGAGCUGUACCCUGACUUCAUCCGCCACCUCUCCCGUUUCAUCCGUGAAAUGGAGACCAUCACAACAAAAAUCCGGCUCAAGAAGAUUAGGCAGUCCCUCCAGCCAAGAAAGAAGGCCCACAGAGUGAACACCGCAACAACAACAACCUUCACCACUAACUGCUGCUGCCGCAUUCGAGUCCGCAAACCAACCUGCCCCAGCUGCAACUUCAGCUGCGGCUGCUGUGGGCUGAGGAACUGCUUCACAUCCCGUUUCUUCAGGUGCUGCCCUUCCUGCUUCUCCUGCGGCAGCUGCUGCUCCUGCAGGAGCUGCUUCAAGUGCUGCUGCUGUGGAGACGCCCGUUAAUGCCGCCGAUCUUUGUGCGUGCAUGUAUAGUAAAGAGGAACGGUCCUGAGAUAUCUACUAACCCUUUAAAUGCUCUAGGACUAAAACCUAGAUUUGAGUCAGUUAGCUGAACAUUGUGCAACAGAUAGAGACUCCCGUACUUGUGCUUCAUAUCCGGUUCUACCUGUCCUCCGUUGUAGUUGCUUGUCAGAUUCAUCUAAUUAUUAUUGACAUAACCUGCUCGCCGUCGAGUUUAGAGCAAUGACAAUGCCUGAAUUGAAUCUUCUUUUCAGCUA